AUGUUUGGCACGAAAUUUGAAGACAUCCCAAUCGCUGACGACGCAACAACUUUUAAAUUCGACGCUUAUCGUGACGUAGAAUUCGAACUUUACACGACAAAAAAUCCAAAAAUUUUUCAACGAGUCUUAAUUGAUGAUCAAAAGUCACUUUUAGCUUCAAAUUUCAAUCCUGCUCAUCCAACGCGCUUGAUAAUUCACGGCGCUAGUACAAAUGGCACAAGUGAGUCGAUCACCUACCCGCGUAACGGAUAUUUAAAACGUGGCGAUUUCAACGUUUUUGGCGUCAAUUGGGGCAAAGGAUCGUCAUUUUCUCUCAAAUUACCAAAACGAAUGAAAGCUGUCGGAGAAAUUGUUGCGAAAUUUAUUUAUUUUCUGAUUCGCGAAGGAGGCGCUUCAAUGGAUGACAUGGGAAUUGUCGGGCAUUCCGCAGGUGCAAAUAUCGUUUCGUUCGUUGGAAAAUCCACAAAUGGAGACUUACCUUUGCUCGUGUCACAAGAUCCGCCGCGAUCUUUUUCGAAACAUUUCUACGGAAAAUCGCUUCCUGAAAAAUCUGACGCCAAAUAUGUCGAAGUUCUUCACACCGCAGCGAGAAAAAAUUCGAUUUUCACCCGUGAAGCUGUCGGUCAUGCCGAUUAUUAUCCAAAUGGAGGCGCCGAUCAACCGUAUUGCAAACGAUUUACAGGAAAUGAUCGAGAUUAUUGCAAUCACAUGAUCGCCAUCGCCUAUUUCGCGGAAGCAAUUGCAUCAGAAAAAGGAUUUUGGGCGAAAAGAUGCAAAACGUGGGUCGGCAUCGACGAGGGAAAAUGCGAAUUUGACGGAGUUGUGAAGAAAAUGGGCGGCGAACCCGUCGACAAGACACCGGGAGUCUUUUAUCUCGAAACUGAGGAAGAUUAUCCCUUCGCCAAAGGAAUUUAA